AUGUCUACUACUACUACCACCACUACUACUACUGCUCCCCCCGGACGCAUCUUCUCCCACGGCACCGACGUCCACUAUGGCGACUUCCGCGACGACCUUCUCCACAACGGCUUUGCAGUUGUUAAAAACGCCGUCCCUCGCGACCGCGCACUCAAAUACGCAGACGAGAUCUACGACUGGUUGGAAGGAUUCAACCUAGGCUUCAACCGCAACGACCCAAGCACAAUCCACAAAGACCAUCUCCCCGACAUCAACGAAAAGGGAAUGUGUCUCGGGUACGCCGUCUCCCACGAAUCCUUCACCUGGGCUGUGCGUCAAGAACCCGGCGUCGUGCGCGCCUUCGAAGCCGUCUACAACACCCCCGAUCUCAUCGUGUCCUUUGACUCGGUGAAUAUCGGCUUCCCGAACCGGACGGACGUAAAGCCCAACACGCCCUGGCCGCAUCAGGACCAGGAUCCUGAGAAGCCCGGGUUUCGGUGCUUGCAGGGGUUGGUGAAUUUGCUGCCGAAUGGGGCUGAUGACGGGGGGUUGAUUGUUUGUAAGGGGGCGCAUUUGCUCAGUGAGGAGUUUCAUGAGGCGUUUAAGGAUGAGGAGCGUAUUUGGUCUUGGACGAAGGAGUGGUACGGCUUCACGGACGCCGGGAGGAAAUGGCUAGAAGAUAAAGGCUGCGAGUGGAUCAAGGUCACCGCUGAGCCUGGUGAUCUCCUGCUCUGGGACUCGCGCACACCGCACUACAAUCUCUCCUCGGAGACAUCGCAGCCGCGAUUCUGCGUGUAUACGUGCUACAUGCCGGUCGAAGACGCCACUGAAGAGCAGCUCCUCACCAAGAAGAUGGCGUUUGAAGAAACCAAAAUGACGACCCAUUGGCCGAAUGCCAUGCAUGUUGUUGACCUGCCGGUCUAUCGCAACGGAGAGGCAGACCCGUAUAACCGGGCGAAACCGCGAAAUCCGGUGCAGCUGACGGAGAGGGGAUUCAGGUUGACGGGGAUUCCGUACCUCAAGGCCAGUGCAUAACAGAUGUUUAGUUUUGUUGCAGUAUUCUUCCGACAGAAUGUAUAUGAUCUUGAAUGGCAAUCCGUUUAUCCUAGAUACAGAUUCAAAUCCCUUAUAUUCAGUGUCUCGAUAAAUUAAGGCGUGCAGUGCUCUGGUCUCAAUAUAUAUCUCAACCUGUUUCACUAGUACCGCGGUAGACCUCCGCAUAUCCCGGCCCCGGGAUACCGGUCGGCACCUUGGCCGGGUCGCCUGCUACCCAGGCGACAGGUUCCUGGCUACGAUCGGCGUACGCCUUCUUCAGCUCCUGCACGAAAUCAGGAGUGAACCCGCGCCCGAAGAUCACGGCGCGCGGGGGCUGAGUGUAGUUGUGCGUGCCGAUGUCGUUGGGCGCGGUGGACUGCGGGUCGCGACCGGCGAGGAGGAGCGGGAGGUCAGCGUGUGCGCCCUCCGGUGAUGUUAUGAAAUGGAUUA